AGUCACAUUGCGAUUGACGGUCAGUCAAGAAGACACCUUCUUGAAGGGUUCAAUUUCCAUAACGGUUGUCUCGGGAGUGUGUUUUCAGUUUUAGGUAACACGUUGAUUUUAUCUGUAGCAUUUUUGUUUUUGAAAAAAAUAUUCAUACAAAAAGUAGGUAUUGCCGAUCUCUAGCUGUUGAUUGUAGCAGGGACAACGUUUAUUGAGUCGUUGCCCGGCAACGGACGUCUGUAUGCGCUAUUUGAGAAACGUAUUUUAGCAAGCCGUUGUCUAGCAACGGACGCCCGCUCUCACUCAGGCGAUACGCCACAGUGUGUUAUUUGAAUUGUAUGUAAUCCGUGGUCCGGAGCGGUCCAAAGCAAUAUGGCUUCCUCAAGAAAGAAGCAAGAUGAGAAACACCUAAAGAUUUUGCGUGAAUUAGUGUCGUUACCUGCAAAUAAACAAUGCUUUGAUUGCCACCAGAGGGGACCAACAUAUAUUAACAUGACUAUAGGAUCUUUUGUCUGUACUUCAUGUUCCGGUAUGCUGCGUGGUUUAACACCGCCACACAGGGUGAAGUCUAUAUCCAUGGCAAGUUUCAGUCCAGAAGAAGUUGAAUUAAUAAAAUCUCGAGGAAAUGAUUAUUGCAGACAAAUCUGGUUGGGGUUGUAUGAUGUCAAUCAUGUACGAGAUACUAAAGAUGAGCAGCAAAUAAAAGAUUUUAUGGUAGCAAAAUAUGAAAAGAAGAGGUAUUACCUGGAGCCAUCAAUUGUUAAGAAUAAUGGCUCUGCUGGGUUUUCACCACCAGGAACUCAAACCCACUCCCGUACAAGCACACCUACACAUGCUUCUUCUGUUACUACACCAACUUCAAAUAUUAAACCACUGUCCAGUCUUCUUGGCUCACAAGCUAAGUCUCUCAAACUGAAUGUGCAGACUUCAACCAUAGCUACAAGUGAAAACAUGUUUACACCUGACCACUCCUCAAAUGAAUUCCUGGUGGAUUUUGGGUCAGCAGACCCUUUCAGUUCCUCUAAUCAAACGUCUGUCGCCACACAACCUUCAUUUGCUAACUUUGAAAACAACCCAAUCUUUAAUUCAUCUAACAGUCGCAUGUUUGGCAAUGUGAUGAACAGUGAUAAUGUUCCGCCCAGAUAUAACAGCAAUCGAUGGAGUAUGCCAACCUCAGCAGUGCUUUCAACUAUGAGUAACUCAUUUUCAAGUCCAGCAAGAACAGUGGGUAGUUUACAGCAGUCAUCACCAUUUUUGAGUGCCCAGCCUCCAAAGGAAGACCGCUAUGCAGCACUGAAGGAUCUGGACAGUUUGAUGAAGACACAGCAGACUUCUUCAGAACCCCAGUUCAGUGACUGGUCCACAGCAUCUUCAAGUGUUGGGGCAUGGUCUGUUAAUGGUCCAACAUCAUCCCAGACUGUAUUUCUUAAUGCACAGGCAGGAGGGUUUUCGGAUACAGCUGUUAGUGGCACAGCCAACCCAUUUACAGGCACAAAUGCUAACUCUUGGGUUUCCUCUGGGUCCAAUGGUAUACCUAAUAGUUCAAAGUCACCAUCUGGUUUUGGUGCAAAUCCGUUCAGGACAAGACCAGGUCAGCCUGGUUUUGGAAUGAAUACUGAGUCAGGAUCUUUUGGAUGGGGGGGUGUGGGCAUCAGUGGAAUGCCCAAUGGGCAAGUUCUCAAUGGAGGUCUUCCAACAUUUCACCCACCUGCAACCACAGCAGCAACAGCUUUCCCAACUAGUCAGUCCAUGAAUUUCCCAGCCAAGACAUGGCAUACAAACCCAGCAGGGAAUCCAUUUGUGCUUGGUGCUAGUCCUGCUUCAACUGGGCAUUCCAGUAAUCCGUUUUUAUGAGAGUGAAGUUUUAUCUGGUGACUGCAUUGAGCAAUAUGCUGGUGAAUAUUCAAGUCUGUGAGAUCAUAUUAUUUUAACAUAUGCCCAGAAUAACAUGCUUUCUUAAGUAAUUUGUAAUUGUAUAAAUACUGUAUUACUUUGAAUAUGAGGCACAUUUUACACAUUUUUUUCCAUCCAAAAAAUUGAUGUGUGUCUAAAUUCCAGGAAUGUACACCUUUCAAAUUUUUUCAUAGAACCAACAUUCAAAAACUGGAUGGGUCUUAUAUUCAUGGGUGUCUUAUAUUCGAAGUAACGAGGUAAAUAUGUAUAUAAAUAUAAGUAUAUAUGUAGACUUUCAAAACGCUUGAGAAUGGAAGACAUAUAAUGUAUUUUAUAAAUGGAUUAAAUCUCAUAAUCAAAAAGAUGAAAUCUCAGCCAGGAGCUAGAACAAAUUUAAUGCAGUAAAUACAUAUAUAUUAAUUUCAUGACAAAGACUUUUUUUAAAAGAUUUAAUGUUCUUGUAUAUAUGCUAUAGAUUAUCAGCUUAGUUGAUAAUGAAACCAUUAUUAUUUAUUUCUAACAUUUCAGUUUACUUCAUAUGUACAUGUAGAACUGAAUUUGCAUGUAACUUGUAAGCCAAGGUAUGUUCAGCUAGUGUGAAAUGAUGCUAGUUGUUUUCCACUUGUAGUUAACAUUGCUGAUGAAUGUGUUUUCCAUUAAAAUUUAAAGAUGAUGAUGCUAUGUGAAAACUUUUCCGAUUUUUGUUUGAGAUAAAUUGCUUUAGAUUAGUGUUGCAGGGCCAGUGCCGAUUAACGUUAAAGUAACAUACCCAUCUUUCAUGUACAACAAAACUAUUGUAAUUUCAUUAUGAAUAUUGUUAUAAAAUGAAAUAUGGACAGGUGUUAUGCAUCUUUUGGACCUUUAGUUGUCAAAGUGCUGUGUACU